CUUUUCCCUCGGUCAGCUAUUUUUUUGGCGGACUGAAUCAUCAACAAUUAUCGACCGAGUCAGUUAAAUGGGCUGGGUCAGACGCACAAUAUUCACAUAUCAAACAUCCUGACCAUACCGAGUCAGACGUUUUCCUCCGACCGGACUGGGUCAGCACCAAAUCAAACAACCCCUAAGUUUAACUAAAAAUGUAGACAAAUUUAAAGCAAAGGCACCAAAAAUGUAAUUUACUUUUUUUUUUAAAAUGAUUUGAAGUCGAGGGGCAACUAUUCACAAUUUUCAAACAGCCAAAGUCAUUAUGACGAACCAUUUGCCUCCUCAAAUUCCUACGAUUCUCUUGAAACCUCCCGCUUCCUCCCUUCGAACAAAACAAACACAUAAAUGAAGGAAAAAGAUGCAUACACUAAAUGGUUUGUUUGGGAUCUUUUUCAAAUUCAAUUCCAACAAACCUCAAAACAUUAAACCCAAUCAAUAAUCAAUUUCAAAACAAAGAAAAAGAGUUUCUUUUGUGGGUUAUGCGUACUCAAAAGGGUAUGUUUGGGGGUUGUUCUGAAAAACUCCCCACAAACCCUAUCACAAAUUUCGAUCAAUCGUAUCUACAAACAGAGAAAAAGAGUAGAAUUUGAGAAAAAAACUCUGGGUUUUAUUCGAACUUUGAAAGAUGUUGUGUGGAAUGAUGCGCAAGAAAAAGAAAACAGGAACUCCUGUAUAUAUAAAUGUGUAUGAUCUUAUGCCUGUCAAUAGUUUCAUAUAUUGGUUUGGCCUUGGUUUUUUUCACUCUGGUGUUCAAGUUUAUGGGGUCGAGUAUGCGUUUGGUGGUAGCGACAAUUCGAGACCUGGAAUACUCAAAUUGGAACCAAAACAUUUCCAAGGUUUACAAAUAAGGAAAUCUAUUUUAAUUGGAAGAACAGAAAUGGAUGAACAAGAAUGCAGAGAAUUCAUAAAGAAAAUGGCAAAAGAGUAUCCUGGAAAUAGUUACAACAUCAUUUUCAGAAACUGCAAUCAUUUUGCGAAUGAUGCGUCUAAAAGAUUGACCAAAAAGUCAAUCCCAGGGUGGAUCAAUCGACUCGCUCGACUCAAUUUUCUUUAUUCUUGCCUUCUUCCGGAUGGUUGGAAUGAAACACCGCCUAGAACAGUUGUCGCAGCUAAUAAUAACAAGAAGUAGAAGGUGGGUUGGUGGUUAUUUUGGUCUUUCGUGUAUGCGAGAAAAUCUUCUAAGUGCUAGAAAUUUUGGUAUGUUAAUGGUUUUUAAGUUUUGUUCAAGAGAAAUGAACGUGAGGUGUUAUAAAUGUGAAUAUUCAUUAU